UUCACUUUUAUUCCGAACAGCUAUACAUAAGACGAUUGGCUUUAUAAUACUGAUACUAACUGGGUUGGAGAAUAUUUUGUUCGUAAAAUAUGUAAUCAGUCGGCCACCUAUGGAAGAAGUUAUAAAGUUCCUGCCCGUUCAAAUUGUUACUGUUAAUGCGAUGUUGGCUUACACAUACUCCAUCAUAUACUUCGGUGAUGAGCUUAUUGAAACCAUGAAGCAUUCUCUGAAGCCAAUUGGUGAAGCAAGCGAAAAAACUAUCCCGAGGAUAAAGAAAGAGAUCAAAUAUAUUAAAAUGUUUAUGAUUAUUCCUCUAGUUGCCGUUGUAGCAUCUUUGACAGGGUUUGGCACAUAUAAAAAGAUCCAUUUUGUUAUAAUGUAUAUAAAUCAACGAUAUGAGAGAGUACUGCUGCUUCAAAUGAUUUAUCUUUUUUGUUUAUCUUACUCUUGUGUCACGGUUACUUCAAUACACUAUUACUGGCUGUAUUACAUCUUUCAUAUAAAAUUUCAGUUAUACAUAUUAAGGGAAAAUGUUCGGGAAUUAAUGACGGAAAGGGAUAUGUUUUAUGACGAUGCUUACCAAAAUGAAAUUUACGACAAAUUGAUAAAAUGCGUCCAACAUCAUCAGGACAUGAAGAGGUGUCACGCUGUAUUCAACCAUACUGUGUAUUGGGGCUUGUUAUUGGGCCAAGGUGCAGCAAUAGGAGUUAUAACUAUCAGCGUUAUAUUUAUUAUAAGGGUUAGUAUAUUUGUAACUGAAUAUGUGAAUAAUACCCUUGAAGAUCAGAUAGAUAGCUGAAGAAACUUAAACGCAAAAUAGAACUUUUUCGUA